UUUUAAAGCUAAUCAAUGUGCAAUACCAUGUGUUGUGCAGUUUCUUUUGCAUGUUCUUUGUCUAAGUCCCUGCUUAUAUAACUGGCAUUUUAAGAAAAUAAAACCUUCCUACAACAGGCUGAUAAUGUGAACAACUGUGUAAAAAUAGGUAACAUAAGGAAAAGAAAAAAAGGGUUAAGUAAUGGCCUGUCAGUGUUCACUAGCAUGACUCUUCAAACAGGUUAGAAAGCUGUUAGGAAGCAGAGCACCUGCUUCCAGCAACAAGCACUGCAGGGGAAGUCUGCACUGGUAAUAGAAAAUUAGGGGGAGGAACAGAAAGCAAAGCAGUGGCGGUGCUUGUGUUCAAGGGUAAGUCUGAAGCAUAUGGGAACAAAACUUUAUUGAGAUCUGAAAACAGCACUCAUUCUGAAAAACAUCACUUUGUCCAUCUUUCCUUGGUUUCACAAAACUCUUUUGCUUAGGAGUCAUACCAGGUAAAAGGGAUGUAUUUAUUAAAUUGACAUUUUUAAGUGAGUCUCCAGAACACACACUUACUGGCAAAGAAAAACACUGGUCUUAAAAAAAUCAGUGUGAUCCAGUCAUCUCUUAAGACCUUGACAGCUGCCUGACUGCAGCGUUACCGCUCUGGGCAAAAAAUUGGAGAAAUGUAGGGAGACAUAGAGGAAACUGUCUUACAGAGAGGGAACAGUUUACAGGGCCAGGAGUAAUUUUAAUGUAGAUCCUAGCACACCAAAUGAAGAGUGUUUUCCAUCCUGUUUUAAAAGUUCAAGUGGCAUGUAGCUUUUGAAAGAAGAAAAGGAGCCUGUAUUCUCCAGCUCUACCGUGCACUUGUUCAACAAUCAUGAAGUCAUGUCCUAGACCAGAGGCAAAGAGAGAGCUGUGGGAUUACAUAACACCCAACUUGGAAAAUUCCGAUUCCAGACAGGAUCUAAGGACCAUUCUAUGGGAUUGAGGAAGUGCUCCAGCACGAUCCAAUUGCAAAUAGCAGUUGCAGAGUUCUUGAAUGAAUGAAAGAAGCAAGGUGAUACUACAUCUGUAUAAACUAUUAGCUAGACAGCUGUUAUAAUAUAGUGCUGCUUUUAAAAGGAUGUUGGAAAGCCUGAAAGAUUCAGCAGUGGCAAGGAUGAUUCAUGGUAUGGAAAAACCCGACUUAUAAAGUGUAGUAACAGUUCAUUACAUGAAGUUUAACAAAUGUAAGGUUAAAGGUGACAUAGACUUUGGCUAUAAUUACCAAUGCAAGGACAGUUUAUCUAGUAUUUGAGCACUUUAUAGUUUAGUUGUUAUAGUUUGUUUAGCAUACAAAACCAGUGCAUUGUGUGGGACUGAUCUCUGCUCAAGAGGUGCAGAGAAUCCUAACCUGACUUAGUGUUGUGGGAAAGGCUGAUCUUGAGUGUAUUUCUCAGAAACUUUGUUGACACCCUGGGUAACAGGGGCGACUUAACAAUGCUGAAUUUGGAAGCUUCACAGCUGUUUUUUUAAGGAAUCCAGUACUAAUAUUCCUCAAGGUCUAUGCGCCAAAAAAUAGGAAAGACAUCUGCAAUUGCAUUCAGCAUCAGUUCUGAAGGUGCCAAGCCUGGUGAAUAGCCCUUUCCAGGAGAGAGCUGUUGUCACACAGUGUGAUGUGAAUGAACAAUAGACUAAAGGCACUUUUACUGACUUUGAAGAAGCAGUCUGAAAGGUAGAUUUUCUAGUUCUAGAGCCAUUGCUAGUCUUAUAAAUCUCAGGAUAAGCUUGCUUCCCCAGGGCUGCCAGUAGCAGGAAAUAGCAUUAUGUGUUCUACUGCCUGAGCAGUAAUCAAUGUCCUGUGUGUAGUGUACCCUGCCAUGCUAGUCAGAACAGACAGAGUAGUUGGAGAUCUUUCCUCCUUAGGGAAUUAUACAAAGACACUCUACCAGAACCCUCCAGCAGCAAUUACUUUAGUCUGAAGCUGUUAUAAAACAGAAAAUUUCAAAAUUCAAUGAUUGGUCUGUUUAAUAUAUGAGAAAAGAGUUCAGCAGAACAAUUAAUUGUGAUAUGAAGAAGUAUCUUAGGUACCUGUGAGAACAGGAUAAGAUUCCUCACUCUGUCAAGUUUAGCAUUACAGGAGAUGCUUUCUCAUUCCUGCAGUGAUGUGCUAUCCAGGGAAUUUGGGUAUUAUUCUCCAUAAACCUUAAAACCAACAACAAAAAAUGUCCAAGAAUUUAGGGGAAAUUAUAGCGUAAUUAUGGUGCCUUCAACCAUCUGGAAAGCUUUGACUGUCUUGAAAUAACGUUUCUCCCACAGCCAAGAGCUCUCUCAGUUUUUUUAGCUCUUACCAUCCUGUUGCUACUUAUCCUCCUGCUCACCUAGUGGUUGCCCUUGAAAAAUAUCAAAGCUUACAUUGAUAUUUUUUUUAAACCAUGAACUGCAAAAUGAGCUGCAACAGAGGUCCAGGCACGACUAUAAAUGUCAAGCUUCAGAGCAUGGAAAGGUAUUCCUUGCAAUGGCAUGUGGAAUUUCCCUGCAGAAAAUGGAGCAGGAAGUGGAGAGCAAGAAUCUCCUCUCUGCUGUUGACUAAACAUAUGCUGUCCAUAUGUUGGAUCCAUCAGCUAGGCAGGGCCAUGGAAAAGCUGUAAUACCUCCAGCUUGCUUUUCCUGCUAUCCAGAAUGAGAACAGUAUCAUGGGUGCUAAAUUAAAGAAGAAACACAAAAAGACAGGCAGUCAUGCAGGGGUGAAUACAUUUCGGAAGUGCUGGUGGUAAUUCAAGAAAUCUUUAGUGAUGGCUUCAGGCUUCACUUCCCAGACCUUUGUUCUUCCAAGCAAAGUUUAUUCUUUCAAAGCAUAGACUCUGUUAACCAUACACACACAAAGUUCUUGUAUAACUAACCUGAACCUUUGACUUUAAAUGCUCUGCCAAGUCCUUUACAAGCCCCUUUCUCUUGAGAGAGAAGACACAUUAUACUCAGUAAUGGAGCAAAACAACAACAAUGUAGAAGAUUUCUCCUUGAAUGUCUUUUCUGUCACUCCUUGUCAGCCAAACAGAUCUGAUGCCCUGGUGUCAGAUGGGGAUAAAGCUGGCACCACUCUUCUCUUUUCAGGUGUGUUUCUGGGACUCGUGGGGAUCACUUUCACUGUGAUGGGAUGGAUAAAAUAUGAUGGCAUUACUCACCUAGAGUGGACUCAGUUACUAGGGCCUAUUCUCCUGUCUGUUGGAGUGACUUUUAUUCUGAUUGCUGUUUGUAAAUUUAACAUGCUUACGUGCAAGCCCUGUAAAGAAGGAGAGGAAAAUACAUCGGAACUUGACCAGACCGCAAGUGGACAGUCCUUUGUCUUCACUGGGAUUAACCAGCCUAUAACUUUCCAUGGUGCCACAGUGGUACAGUACAUCCCCCCACCCUACCCGUCCCAGGAAGGCGCUGCUGUGAGUCCUGGCUACCUUCACCCAGUGCUCAGCUGCUGCAGUGCUGGUCCCCCCAGCCCCUCGCCAGUUCUCACCGUGGGUUCUCCUCACUGCUGCCCUGCCUACACCCUGGAUAACCUGGCUUUUACUGGAGAUGAGAGCUACACUACUUAUCCUGCAGAGAAUUCCAGGAAUCAGAGGUCAGAAGACAGUACUGAUGAACCAGCAGGACGGCUGGAAGACUUUGCCUGUAAUAACUUGUCACCUCCACGUUAUGAGGAAAUAUACCCUUUGUCUUCAUAAAAUCAUUGUGGAAAAGGGACAACAAUCCUAAAAGAUGCCAGCAAGAAUCCAAAAAAAUAUUUUCUUUAAACACUUGUGUGAUAAGAUGGUGUGAGGAAGAUCUUGGUAUUUAUACACAGUUCAUUAUCACUGAAGAUACUUAACUGAUCCCUUCCUUUUUCUCUGUCAAAAUUCAUUACCCCUUUGCAAUACAGCUUAAUAGCACAUCUAUUAAUUAUUUAGUAGCAAAACUAUUAAUAGCAAAGCUAUUAAACUCAAGGAUCUAAAUCCAUAUUAGGAUUCUCCAACAAGAAUCUUGAUUUUCAGACUUGCUGAAAAUAGUGGGAACUGUGAAUGCACAAGAUGUUUGUGGAAGAGGAUGGUUGCUCCUGGACAUUCAGGAUCUUUAGAAAAUACUUGAUUUUUUUCUUGAUGUAUUUUCAUUUUUGAUUGCUUGGGAAACCUCAAGUGUCUGAUCCAUGAAAAUGCAUUUUUUGUUUUAAUUUUGUCUGAUUCUUUAGAAGAGCUUACUCUUUAGUAAGUCCAGUAUACAGAUUAGGCUUCCUCAGCUUGCUUUACCUGGACAACCCAGUCCUGUCGCACAACCCAGUCCUGUAGGCAUUUUUUGCAGCAUCCUGCUUGAACCACAGCAUCUCAGAACAGAGAAUACAAAUUGUGACUUCUGCCCACUUUUACAUACAUCUCUAAGACAUCCUGCAUGCAUCAAAUUCAGUUCCCUUCCCUGCCUGAUGGGAGGCAAAGCAUGAUAUCCCACCAGGAGUCCUAAUAGCUGUGAGGUUAAUGUCACUAAAGCAAAUGGCAUCUUUCUGAAGCCUCAACAGAGAUGUGUGAUCCUCCCACUGUUAAGGACUUCGACAAUCACAGCUGCUGCACACCCCCUCUGUGGGGGGGCUGUGGUGAAACACCUCUGAGGUCCCUUCUUAUCUGGAUGUGGGUCUUUGGCACACAACCCACACUGCAGGUUGCCCCCAGAGACAUCUAGACAACUGUGAGCUGUGGUAAACUUUCUUGCUCAAGUUCAGCUUGCUUCCACACAUUGAAUCCACAACAAUUUGAGAUUAGCUGAUUUGACUAGAGAAUGGUGUUGCUGAACACCAAGACUGUGGGUUUGAUCCGUGUAUGGGCCAUUCACUUGUGAUUUGGACUUGAUCCUUGUAGGUCCCUUCCAAUUAACAAUAUUCUGUGAUUCUGUGAAAUGUAUUUACAACUAUAUUUAACAGAAGAUUAAGUGUAUUAGCUCUGAAAUUUUGCAAUCCAGAAUGAAGAUCCAACACAGCUUUGCUCAGGAGCUUUUUAAACCCCAGAACAAUGACCAUGCUAUGAGUCUCUAAAUUUUGUUUUGUUUUGUUUUUCUACAUGUAUUUCAGGUUCUGCUUUUGAAAGUGCCUAGAAGUGUGACAGAGCUGGACAAGCCAGUAUUUCCCUAUGAUGAUCCCAUUAGGUUUGCUUAUCUCCCUCAGAGGGCUCAAACCAAAAGCUGAUUUCAGCUCUCACCUGCUGGAGUGGGCACCACACAAAACACCCUGGAGGGCAAUGGUCAAUGUCCCAAGUAACCAUGUGGUGCGCUGUGCCUGUGGGUCAGUCUCCUAGCCUGGCACAGCUAAAAGCAGGUGUCCAUUAUGGAAUGUGCCAACUUUCUCUUAUUUGUCAAUGCAGCUGUCUCAGCUCUUGCCAGAUGUCAUCCAUGUGAUUUAUCUCAUUCCUGGGGGCUGGAGAAGCCUGGCACUUGAGCACAGACAGUUCCACACCAACAUGAUGUACCUGACAGCUGGAAGUCUCAGAGUUUCUGCAGCUCCUGUAGCAAUCAGGAGACGUAGUUCUGGAUGGAGAUGUGCAUUCAGAACAUUGUCCAGCUGCACAGACCUGCAGGUACACACCUGCCUGCGCUGUACACUUAGAGGCUGCCAAGAAAUAAAGCAUUUGGGGGCACACAAAACAACCACUGUGUUUUGCAGUGAUGGACAAAACUGUGACAGAAGUCAUGUUUGGGACUCAUUUAAACAGACUCAAAGCUGGAUUAGCAACUGCAGCAGCAGUUACUGAACAGUGACUGCAAACUUUGUGGGAGGUUUUUCUCAUUAGAGGAAUAUGGGACACACUGUUUUUCAGCAGUGUUGGCCUGGUGUUAGCAGGUAGUUGGAGAAGGGAAGGCACGUGUAGUUGGAGAAGGGGAGGCAUGCUGUGUUCAGCAUGAUCUCUAUGGGAUUAAGUGAGAGAAGAGAGGAUCUAAAAAUAAAUGCAAGUUUCUCUUAUGGAA